AUGUAUCGGACACAAUCCUCCUCGUCAUCGCGAUUUUCCGCAUUCCGAAAACCCCACGAAAUACUCUCCCCAUCACCCACUUCACCUAGUCACUCCCGAGAGCGCAACCGAAGCAGCGGUGGAAGCUCUGUCGGCUCUCAGCAAGGGCAACCAAACCUUCUCGUUGAUGAAUCAGGCGACGAGGCCGACCGAGGCGGCCCUUCGAGGGCGAGAUCUGAAUCUCCGCCAUGGAACGAGCACAAUUCAAACCUGAUCCCAUUGCUACCAAUGAAUGAGAGCCGUGGCCUAUUGAGUAGGACACCAAGCCCGUAUCCUCCUACAAGGAGUGAUGAUUUAGAUAAGCUAGGCGAUGGGAGUAGUAGGGUGUGGAGGAUUGGUAUGGGGAGCGAAGGUAGGGCAAAAGAAACGGGAUGGAGGAGUUGGAUGAGAGAUGGGAAGCUGGGAAGGUGGUUAUGGAACACACAGAGAGGAUGGAUGGUAUACAUCGGGUUCUUGGUGGUAUUUUACAGCGCUGCGGGCUUUGGGUUAUCAGUUGUGAAUAAUUUUACCUUACUAAUUGGUGUCUAUAAAUUUGUCUACCCAAUUACAACUACCCUUUUCCAACUAGUCUUCACACAAAUAUUCCUCUACUUCAGCGCAUCUAUUACGCGGUCCUUCUCUCGCUCCCUUAACUCCCUCGGUCUCGCACACAUAAUCGCGCCCACUUCUACUCCAUCAAAAGGAAAGCGCCGAGCUUCUGGAGGCGGACUACGCGAUUUUGCGCGCCGGGUGACCUGCAGUGAUCGCGAAGGCGGGGUGUUCGAGUUUAAAUGGGUAGAGGCCAAGAAAGUUAUUCCGCUCGCUGUGGUCCAUAGUCUUAAGGUUGUGUUGAGCAAUAUAUCAUUUGCCUAUACCCACCCGUCAAUCUACCACAUCUCCCGCGUCCCAUCGCUCAUUUUUGUCCUCAUGUUCACUGCAUGUUUCCUCAGAAACCAAGGUCUUUCUGUCACCACCCUCUCAUCAUGUAUAACCAUGACACUCUCACUUGCUAUGGCGUGUCUCCGCCCCGGCACCCGCUUUGCAAUCGAAGGCUUUCUUGCCGGUAUAUUCUCCACUAUCUUCGUAGCUGCUUACCCAGUUCUUCUAUCAAAAACCUACAAAUCACUCCUCAAACCUUCCGGCAACGACGACCUUUUGGGCGUAGGUGUCGAAACCGAAGGAAAAGAUGAAACCAGGACAGCGUGGAAACUGCUGCACUACACAAAUUUUAUCAGUAUCCUUGUGGUUUUGCCGUGGGUUUUCCUGUCUGGAGAUUGGGGCGAUAUUAGCAGGAAUUGCUAUAUUUUAGAUGUUCCGUGGUUUUGGCUAUUGGUUGUGUUUAGUGGUAUUGGUGCAUGGGGCACCUUUAAGUCCAUUCGCGAAUACCUCAAGUCCAUUCGCGAAUCCGUCAUAUCCGCCAACGGACCGGUUACUACGUGCACGGGCACAGGAAAAGAGUUCAUUCAUUAUGAUGAUCGCUCAGCCCAAGACGGGAAAUCCCCAGUCUACAACCUCGAAACACCAAGACUACUACUCCGGCCUAUUGAAGAAUCCGACGUAGAAGGUCUUCAUGAGAUUAUGUCGAAAGAUGCAGUCAUGAAGUAUUGGUACUGCGAACCAUAUACAAAGCUUGAGCAGACCCAAACCUUCAUACGCUCGUCCCUUGAUUCUCAUUACCACUUCUUCAUUCUCCUUAAAUUCACCUCUCCACCGAAGUUUAUCGGUCGAAUAACAUUGAUUGAUGAUUUCAUCGGCUUUAUGCUCCACCCGUCACUUUGGGGGCAAGGCUUUGCAUCUGAAGCAAUGAAGAUGUAG